AUGCAGUUACUCCAAAAUCAAGCGACGCCUUUAGAGAACGGCCACACGAAGCCAGCUGUGUCGAAUAACAAAUCGAUUGCUAUUGUUGGCAUUGGCUGCCGCUUUCCUGGCAAUAUUUCCAGUCCAUCUGAGCUAUGGGAUUUUCUAGCGGAAGAACGUUCAGCAGCCGGCAAGGUACCCAAGUCACGGUUUAACGUUGACAGCUUUCACGGGAGCAAGGAUGAACCGUCGACUACCGUAGCAUUAGGCGGGUGCUUCCUGCAGGAAGACAUUCGGAACUUCGACAACCAGUUCUUUGGCAUUCACAACCGAGAGGCUGCAGAUAUGGACCCACAACAGCGGAAGCUGCUUGAGGUUGUUUUCGAAAGCUUUGAAAGCGCUGGCGUUACCUUGGACGAUGUGUCAGGUGCGAAUGUAGGAUGUUAUGUCGCUUCAUUCACGCCGGACUUCAUCGCUAUGCAGACCAAGGAUGUGGAGAACAUGACCAGGUUCACUCACCUGGGUAUGGGACCAACUCUUCUCGGUAACAGGAUCAGCCAUGUUUUCAACAUGAAAGGACCGAGUUGCGUGGUGGACACUGCAUGCUCCUCAUCCUUCUAUGCAUUACAUAUGGCUUGCUCUGCAUUGGAAAACGGCGAAUGUGAUGCCGCCGUCGUGGCCGGUGUUAACCUCAUUCAGACUCCAGAGGUGCACGUUGGGACCUCACUGGGUGGAGUGCUUUCACCGGCUUCAAAGUGCCAAACGUUCGAUUCUUCCGCUGAUGGCUACGCUCGAGCUGACGGCGUCGGAGCGCUCUAUAUCAAGCGACUGGACGAUGCCAUCCGUGACAAAGAUGCGAUUCGUUCCAUAAUCCGCUCAACUGCAGUAAACAGCAAUGGCAGAACACCGGGCAUCUCGCAGCCCAGUGUCGACGGGCAGGAGGCAGUUAUUCGCAAGGCCUAUGCUCGUGCCGGACUUAAUCCAGCAGAUACUGCCUACGUCGAAGUUCAUGGUACUGGCACAAGUGUCGGAGACCCGAUUGAAGUUGAGGGUCUUUCUCGUGUCUUUCGGAAAGAUCAACGCCACCGCCCGAUGCUAAUCGGCGGUGUGAAGCCGAACCUGGGACACGGAGAAGCCUCGAGUGGUUUGCUCAGCAUCAUGAAAGCCAGUCUAUCUUUGGAGCGGUGUCAGAUUCCCGCUACCAUCAGCGUAAAGCAGAUGAAUCCCAAAAUCAAAACAGAGGAAUGGGGGGUAGAAGUUGUCACUCGUAUGACGGACUUUCCAUCGGAAAGCGGCUCACGUCGCAUCAGCAUUAAUUCCUUCGGCUUCGGCGGCGCCAACGCUCACGGAAUUCUGGAAGAGGCUGGUCGUCAGACCAACAACGUGUCUUGCAGACAGGCCAUGAAGAGGAGUGGUGAUGUAACAGGCUCAAUGGAUGGCCAGCCUAAUGGUCACGCCAGUAAUGGAAUUAAUGGAGUCAACGGGCAUAGUGUGCCCCCUUCGAUGCCAUACUUACUCCCAUUGUCUGCAAACAAGCUAGCAUCUCUGCAAGGGAGAGUCGAGAGACUGUCUGAAUUGAAUCUCUCAGCCGUCUCGGUUGCUGAUCUUGCCUACACUCUAGGGCAACGGCGAUCGCAUCUUGGUCUCCGUGGCUUUGUCAUUGCCCGACAGGCAACCCUUGCACAAGAUAUCCACGUCGACAACCUGACACUAGACAGCUCAGAUAAUAACAUGGCAGAUAGCAAGUUCGCAUUUGUUUUCACUGGACAGGGGGCUCAGUGGAAGGGAAUGGCCCGCGAGCUCUUGCAUUUCCCGGUCUUCGCAAAUACCAUUCAGCAGCUCGAUCACGAACUGAGCAUCCUGCCCCAUGCCCCUAGAUGGAAGAUUUGCGAUAUUCUAAUGGAUAACUCAGAGGCUUGUCCCUUGAACCUGGCAGCCUUCGCGCAGCCUAUCACAACUGCUGUCCAGAUCGGUCUGGUCAAUGUCUUGCGGUCUUGGUCUAUCCUUCCACAGGGCGUCAUUGGACACUCGUCGGGUGAGAUUGCGGCUGCAUAUACAGCCGGCCUGCUGACAGCUCGCGAGGCUAUCGUCAUCGCUUAUUACAGAGGAUACUCUGUGACAGCAUCAGCACCUGAAGGCGCAAUGGCUGCCGUGGGCUUGCACUCCGAUGAUGCACUUGAGUGGAUCACUAGGCUUGGCUUCAAUGCAAAUGUCAAGGUCGCAUGCAUAAACUCGCCGCAAAGUGUGACAAUAAGUGGGGAUAGCGAAUCCAUUGAUAGCAUAUUAGCAUUACUACAGGAUGAAGGUGUGUUUGCUCGUAGGCUGAAGACUGAUGGCAAGGCUUAUCACUCCCACCAUAUGGCUUCCAUUGGUGCCCUGUACGAGGAGCUGCUCAAGGGGGCAUUGACCUUUGGGGCGCAGGAUAUCCCUGAAUUGAAGCUGCAUGACAUCCACAUGUACUCCACUGUCAUGUGCCAAGAGGUCCAAGGGAAGACUGUCCGUACGGCAGCGUACUGGCGUGCGAAUCUGGAAUCGCCAGUCCGUUUCAGCGAAGGCCUUGCGUCCCUGUCCGAGAUGAUGGGCCGCUGUACGUUCGCUGAGCUUGGACCACAUGCGGCCCUGAAGAUGCCCAUCAUGCAGACCCUUGGAAAGUCUACAUCCUACCUUGCCACCCUUAGCCGAGGUCAAGAUUCUUCAGUCUCCUUGCUCGGUUUUAUUGGUCAGCUUUUCGUGCAGGGUUUCAGAGUGGACUUCUCAAAGCUCGAUCAUACCUACGGCCAUAGCAUACCUAGGUACAUCUAUGACUUACCGACAUAUCCAUGGCAUUAUGAACAAGCACCAUGGAAUGAAUCUCGGGUUAGCCGUGAAUGGCGCAACACCACACACCCCAGACACGAGCUCUUGGGUAGAGAGGUACCAGGCGGAAACGAGACCACGUUUGGAUGGCGGAACCUCUUGCAGCUUGAAAAUGUCCCAUGGCUACGUGACCAUAGGCUGGGUGAUACUGUCGUCUUUCCGGCCACCGGAUAUAUAUCCAUGGCUGUGGAGGCGCUGAUGCAAAAGGUUUUACCUGUUGGUGCGGACGGUGCGGGCGAGUCCGUAGUGCUCCGGCAUGUCGACUUACUGAAGGCUCUACCAUUACCGGAGCAGGGGUCGAUCGAGCUCUAUACGGAGCUCCGUCCGCUCCCAAUCUCAAAUAUUAGAGAGUCGAAGGUCUGGUGGGAAUUCCAGAUCUCGUCCAUCUCUGAGGACGGCCCCACAAGACUGUCACCUGGCCCCCCAGUCUACGAAGUGUGGUAUGAGAGUAUCGCCAAUGCUGGUCUUGCAUUUGGACCAACCUUCCAACACAUGCAUGGCAUCCAGACACCUGACCCCAAGGGUAUAUUGUAUGCAGAAGCACGAACACGGACGCUUGCCCCCGCUGUUGGGGGAGCACAGUCCCACCCCCGAUACCUCAUACAUCCUGUAUUGCUGGACAACCUCUUCCAGGUCGCCCUUAUUGCAUGCACAGGUGGCCUAAUCCACUCGAUGGUUGGUAAAGUACCCACAAAGCUCGGAAUUGUAAGGAUCAGCCUGCCCUCUAGUCCCACUGACGAAGGUACAAUUCGCUCUAUGUCCAAGGUCACAGGCCAAGCCACCAAUAAGAUUGAUAGCGCCUUGUUCGAUGGUCAGCAGCAACUUGUGGCGCAUUUUAAAGAUGUAGACGUCACCGCAUACAUAGGAAACGAAAAGAUGGAGGUGCGGCACCCCAUAACACGAGUCACCUGGAAGCCCGACAUUAGUCAAGUACACGACAAUGCCACUUUUUCAUCAGCACUCCAUCACGUUCUUUUAAGAUCUGAUUUGGGGUCGUUCGGGUCCAAGGCCAACAUGCUAGCAGCCCUUGACUUAAUCGUGCAUAAGAACCCAGAUGCUCAUAUCCUAUGCCUCUCGACCGACUUAUCUCUCAUCACGCUGGCGUUCUUGGAAGUGCUUGAUGCAUCCAGUAUCUACAGGCGCUUCAAUUCUUUUUCCAUGGGGCGCCCGACCUCAGACGGUCAACUCGAGGUUGCUGAGGUCCACAAGUACAUCGUUCCAUUAGGGCUUCGAUCACUGCAGUAUCGGAUUGCAUCACCAGGUGACCACUUCGGUCUGGUAAUUUUAGGAGACGAUACCGCCAUGGUGGAUGAGCUAGGCUCCUACACAGAUGAUCAAACGGUCUUCCUUUCACCUGAUAUCGGCAGCACCUUAAACUUCGAUAGGCUUUCGGUCCUACGAUCUCAAUCGGAAACAGCCCACAAUGUGCAGCUCCUCCGCGGAGCACCGGCUGUGAACGGUCGUUCUGGUCCAAAUUUCGAUCACGUUCUACAUAUCUGCCGGUCGCCAAUGCAUCCUGCCGAUGAACACUUAGCUAGCCAUUUGAGCGAUGGUCUAGGCAUGCCGAUCAAGCAAGUCGCUUUAGCAGACCUAGUACACAUACCAAUCUCUCCAAACUCACUAGUCAUCUCUACAGCUGAGCUGGAAAGGUCUAUUCUUGCUGGCGGCGUCCAACAGGAGGAAUUCGAUGGCUUCAAACGAAUGAUUGAACACGCAGCAUGGAUCGUUUGGAUUACAGGAUCCGGAGUACACGAAGAAUUCAAUCCCACUCUUUCCCUGUUCGCGGGAUUUGCUCGUGCUGUAGUGAUUGAGCAGCCCUCAACCAAAAUCUUUUCGCUAGAACUAGAUCCAACAACUGACGCUGCUGUAAUCUCACGGGAUGUCGCGAGAAUAGUUCGAAGUGGGAACAACUCGAUCAACGAUUGCGAGUAUAUUGACAAUGGGUCCCAUCUCCUGAUCAGUCGUAUAGUUCCCGACGAGCGCAUGAACAGAGAGUUUCGUGCACGGCAAGACGGGCUCGCAUCACCUAUGCCACUUGGGAGUGUUGGUAAUGCUGCCUUGUCUGUGCAGAGGCCUGGACAACUGAGCACGGUGCAGUUCGUGAAACGACCUUAUCCAGCCCUUUCGAAGCUGGCCGCCAAUGAGGUGGUUGUCAAAGUCUCCUGUGUCGGCCUCAAUGCGAAAGAUGUUAACGCACUGGCAGGGCAUGUCCAGACAACAGAUGCACGGUGCAGCUUGGAAUGCACAGGUCAUAUUCUUGCCAUCGGCUCCGACGUCCGCGACCUUAGUAUCGGUGAUAAGGUCGCUGUCAUGUAUCCUGGUUACUUCAGCACGUACGAGACUGUUCCAGCCUGGAGCUGUGUUAAGCUCCACGAUGGGGAGGACCUGCACACCAUGGCAUCUGUACUGAUGGUCUUCUCGACAGCCGUGUAUGCCCUUUAUCACCGAGCCAAUAUCCAACCAGGAGAGUCAAUCCUAAUCCACUCCGCUGCAGGUGGCGUCGGUAUCGCCACAAUACAACUAGCUAAACUAAUAGGCGCAGAGAUCUUCGCAACUGUUGGAACGGACGAGAAGAAGCAGUACUUAAUUGACCACUUUGGCAUCAAGUCGGACCAUAUCUUCAAUUCUCGCGACUCAGGCUUCGCUUCGAACAUCAAGACCAUCACAAAUGGACGCGGAGUCGACGUUAUCCUGAACUCGCUACUCGGUGAGCUCCUACACGAGAGCUGGGACUGCCUGGCAGACUUCGGCCGCUUUGUCGAAAUUGGAAAACGGGAUCUUCUUGACCAGGGCCGUCUGAAUAUGGAAAGAUUCUCCCGAGGCACGACUUUCACGGCGUUCGAUAUAAGCAUGUUGGCCGAGUCGGCAUCUCCAGCACAGCAUCACGUUUAUAAAAGUUUAAUAACUCGUGUCAUCUCGCUCCUGCGAAGCGGCGAUAUUCGUCCUAUUGAGCCGCUCUCCGUAUUCAACGUUUCAGAGCUCGUACCGGCCUUUAACCAUUUCAACAACGCGAAGCGCAUGGGCAAAAUCGUUAUAUCCUUCGAGGACCAAACGCAGAUGGUACCUGUCGUACGUGAGAAAUUCUCGACACAGCUAGAUCCCCAAAAGAGCUAUCUACUGGUUGGUUGUCUCGGUGGUCUCGGCCGCAGUGUAUCCAAAUGGAUGAUGAGCCGCGGGGCACGCAAAUUCGUCUUCCUUGGCCGCUCAGGUCUACAACGACCAGCCGCCAAGCGCCUCAUCGACGAACUGGAGGCAGGAGGCGCACAAUGCACCGUCAUCAAAGGCGACAUUACAAAUUACUCAGACGUCCACCGCGCCGUGGCAGCCACACCAGCCCCCCUCGGAGGGGUCAUCCAAGCAGCGAUGGGUCUCAACGAGGCAAUCUUCAAACACAUGCCGCGCGACUACUGGCUCAAUGGCACCGAAGCCAAAGUCCAAGGCACAUGGAACCUGCACAACGCCCUCUCCGCGCUAGACAGGGAAAGAGAACUCGACUUCUUCGUCCUGACGAGCUCCAUCUCCGGGAAACUGGGCACAGCCACCGAAAGCAACUACUGCGCCGCCAACAACUUCCUGGACACAUUCGCGCGCUACCGUCGCGGACUGGGUUUGAAGGCUGUCUCCCUUGGCCUCGGAAUGGUCUCCGAGGUGGGAUACCUGCACGAGCACCCGGAAAUCGAGGCCCUGCUUCUCCGUAAAGGUAUCCGUCCUCUCACGGAAGAUGAGCUGGUCCAGAUCUUCGACUUUGGUCUCACUCAGCCUCCUACCUCACUUCAUCCUAAUGAUCUCAUGCCCCAGUCGCAUAUUCUGACUGGGCUGGAGGAUACGGGUCUGCAGGGCCACCGGAAACAGGGCUAUGAGGGGUACUGGCAGUUCCUCAACGAUGCACGGUUCGAUGUGUUGACGUGCGCGCUGAGGCGUGAUGCGGGGAAGUCUGCUCAGGGCAACAGUACGCAGGCGUCGGUUAUCCAGGAGGCAAUCGCUUCGAAUGAUAAAGCGCAACUCACGGAUGCGGUGAAGGUAGUUCUGGUGAAGAAGCUUUCUAACAUCAUCCUCACGCCAGUGGAUAAGAUCGAUGCAAAGAAGCCUUUGUUGGAUUUUGGUAUGGAUAGUAUGCUGGCGGCGGAGCUCCGUCAGUACAUCUAUGGUGCGAUGGGGGUAGAUGUGCCAUUCCUAGAUCUGAUGGAUAAGAGGACGAAUAUAUUGGGUCUGGCAAGCCUGGUGGGGGACAAGUUGACUACCGCCAGCAAGUAG